AUGUUAAGAAUAAGCCAUGGUGUCAGACUAUCUCCUAUAAGACUAUUGUCUCAAACAACUCGAACAAGUUUCCAGAUCAAAAAUUCAAUACUAGAUAAAUAUAAACAAGAACAAGAUGAAAUAAUAGAAUCACCAACAAAUAUGGCAAAAGAUUCUCAUUUACCAAUAAUAGAACAAGAUCUCAAGAUCAAACCACGUCAACCUAAAACAAAAGCACCAUUUUUAUCAAAAGAAGAAGAUUCUCAACAAACUAUUUCAAGCUUUAAAGAAAAAAUAGGUCAAUGGAUUGUUUCUACAUUUGCAGUGGAUAUGGAUAAAUCAAGAAGUGGACCAGUUGCUGGUGGGAUUUAUUUUGGAGAAUGUAAAAAACAAGGAUUGUAUUAUCCUAAUGAACCUUUAAGUGAUACUGCUAAAUUUUAUUAUCAAACUUUGGGUUUACCAAUGUCAUUUUCACAACAAUUUCAAAUUACUAUCUUACAUUAUUGGAUCUUAUCAGUAAGAAUGAGAGCACUACCUUUUAAAUAUUCAAGACAAUAUCAACAAAAAUUAAUUGAUAGAAUUUUUACAGAUUUAGAGUCGAGAAUGACUACUGAAUUAGGUAUAAAGUCAGGUAGAUUAAUUGAAGGAUAUUCAAAAGAUUAUCAUAGUCAAUUAUUAGGAGCUGUGUUGAGUUAUGAUGAAGGAUUAAUGAGUGAUGAUAUUACAUUAGCAGCUGCAUUAUGGAGAAAUAUUUUUAAUGCUAAUGAAAAUGUUGAUGUUAGACAUAUUGAAGCUUUAUUGGUUUAUGUUAGAUCACAAUUAUAUGUUCUUAAUAAAAUGACAGAUAGAGCUUUUGGAUUUGGUAAAUUUAAAUUUGUACCACCUGAUCAAACUGUUCAACCAAUCACUAAAAAACAAGAGGAAUUAAUAAAACAAAAGACAAAAGAAGAAUUUUCAAAUAUGAAUUUACCAUCUCAACAAUCUGUUUUAUCAAUGGAUGAAUAA